CGUCACACCAUGUCCGAUAUUCACGCUCCCCAUUGCGUGACUACGUCGUCGACUGAUAUAUCACCCUUGUGAAUUGACGACAAGCCAAGUUUGCGCUCGAGCAUGCGGUUCAAACAAUAACACUUUCCCCUUAAUAUUGGUCCUAUGCGAGCCAUCCUGCCUGGGCGACCUCAAUCCAAGCGACAGGCCCUUUGCACCGCGCAGUGGUGUGGCCUGCGUCUGGUCGCAUAUAUCUCCGGCAAUGCCGCCGUCAUCCUCAGCGGCCCUCGAUCGAUCCUCCAGACCAUCUACGUCGACACCGUCGAUUCCCUCACUGCGAUAACCAUCGAAGAGACUACUGGUCGGAUAGCACUGUGCGAUGCAAACCAUGUCUAUAUCUACAGACCUGUCGGUCGCGAUGAGGGUGUGCUGAGAUGGACUCAGGUCCACGAGUUGAAGAAUCCUGCUGAACUGCGGGUGGAAUCUUUGUCCUGGGGAUCUUCUCAGGAACUCUUGCUUGGUGGUUCGAGGCUUGUCCUGUGGUUUAUACCUGAAUCUGGUUCCCCUGUCAUCGCUUGGAACCAGCCGCUGGCGUAUCCCACAGCACUCGCAUACCUUUCUCCCGACAGUAGCUUGGUCGCCUCAGUGGGCCAGUAUGACCGACUCGUGAAGAUAUGGAGACGGCUUUCGUAUGAAGUUGAGGGCACCAGAUUCGAUGUUUCCUAUCUACCACAUCCGGCUGCGGUCACAAAUUUGCACUGGCGGAAACCAUGGCACGAGGAACAGAACCUGGACAACCUUCUCUACACGUUUUGCUCCGACAAUCACAUCCGCGCCUGGACCACCUUCGAUCCCCACGCCCUGACCGUUCUACAACUGGUCGGCGAGAUCAACAUGAACGCCUCGAUCCAGCCACGGAGGCUGAGUGCCAAUUCCAUCAGUACCAGACGAUAUGCCUUCAUCAUUGACAGCCGUGACUUUUCGACGGCCACAGAAAAGGCGGUCCAGAGCUCUACUACCAAAACAGCGGACCAUGCCCUUGAGCAUCUCAUCGAGAUUGCCAAUCGAAGCCCAGAGAUCUGCGUCGUCCUGGACAGUCUGGGCCACAUGUCUGUGUGGGGAUUAGAGAAUGCCGGGUACAAGAACAGAAUGCCUCCUUCGGUGUUUCACAUUUCACAUGUCGACGGCAUGAAUAUCCAUGUUCCACAACUCAGCGACCCGUUGGAAGAUUAUGUACAAUUCUGUAUCUUCGCUGGUGGCGCAACUCCGUCAUCGUUGUCAAUCCUCCUCCACUCUUUUGCGGGUGACAUUGAUUGGUAUGACAGCCAAAUCACGCAUCUCUUUGAUACAGCCGCGAGGCGAGAUAGGGCCGAACUGAUUUCAACACUGGCGGGACACGGUACGCCAGUUCGACGAAUCGUCCGAAAUGUAGUUGGCAACGUCGUCUUGUCCAGUACAGACGACGGCAACACCAGCAUCUGGCAGCACGAAGGAACUCUAUCCAGGGCUCCUCUCUUGCGAAGGAGUUCGUUCAACGUCAACAUUGAGAUCAAAGACGCGGUGAUCUUGUCUCGCGGGCGAUAUGCGGCAAUUCUGAGUAGCCAUGGUCUCGAACUAUGGGAUAUUCGCGAAGCAAAAGCCAAAAGGCUUGGUGUCUGGACUCCCGAGGGGAAUCGUUUCCCAGAGCGCAUUACGCAAAGUCGAAUCGCCAGCGAACGAGAACUGACCAGUCGGGUUAUCGUGGGGUAUUACGCGGACGGGACUGUUGAAGCCUGGGAACUGCUCCUUCCAGCAAAAGAACCCGGUGCAACAAACGGUUAUCGCGAGAUGAUACGAUCAUUAGGGGAUGUCCGGCUGCACGCGCACAAUCGGUACAACGCCUUGAUUUCUGUUUGUGACAACAUGAGCACCAACAACCGACCGGCUGAUCCACGUGAGAUCAACGCUCUAGGCUUUGCUGCAGCACUUGCCAAGGAAGGCACCUUGGAGAUGGUCAGGUCUCAGGAAGAACCAGAUUCUACAAAGCCACACCUCAUAUCUGGCGCUUUGAUCGAGACCAACAUUCGUCAGCCGCGAGCGAUCAGUGCAAGCGGGUAUGGUAAGAUCGUUGUUGUCAAUGAUGACAGCACCAUGCUCAGCAUAUGGGACGGCAAGACCGGCUCGUGGGAGUACGACCAUGAGCUCGAUGGGACUGACACCGUGCAUACAUUUGCGUGGGCCGUCUCACCACAAGGUUUGGCCUUGGUUGCAGUCUGCUUUGACUACCACAUCGUCAUUCUAGGCCAGGUCCGAUACGCCUACCCAGGUCGUGAAUCGGCAUGGGUAGAUUUGCGGCACAUCAGAAUAAGGGACUAUACCACCCACUCAAUUGGAGACCUAUGCUGGCUGAGAAGCGGCGAUCUCGUCGUGGGAGCCGGCAUUCAGCUUUUCGUCUUCAAGGGAUACGCGAGUAGCCACCACAAUGAGUCUGCCAAGCCACUUCGAGAUGUGCGAGCAAAGAUGCGAAAUAAAGAAACUUUCGCCCUGAUGGCAAUGCUGAACGCCUUGGUUCCCGUUUUCCAUCCGACAUUUCUCGCCCUACUUACAUGCAUCGGAGCGGUGAAGGCCGCCAAGAACGUGUUCAAUCACCUUCAUCGGGAUCUGAAGUACUUCAGUGAAGGGGAUGAGUUGUCCAGCCUCCUCAACAUCCGGCCUGACAGAAUCACAAGUGCCGCGAACAAGAGCCAGCCGGUUGACAAGCCAUUCUAUACCAUGAACGGUGAUCUGAAUGGGGACACCGAGAACCCCCGGCUUUCAGAUUACGCAGAAAGUCUUGAUGGUAACUUGCGACGGUAUAGACUGUGGCAGCUGACGAACGAUGAACAAACUAAACUAGUGGAACAGGUGGAAGUGGUCUCAGAGAUAGAGAAGCACGAGGAGUCAGUCGAUGCCAACGGUCAGCGCUAUCUUCAGGCACUUUACACAUGCGGCGAGAAAGGUGUUCCAUGGAGUGCAAUUGCAUUCGCCUCGCUGAGCACCUCCCAGGAAGUUCUUGUUGACCUGGUUACUCGCUGGUAUGGUGGUAAACUCACCUGGGAAGCAGCGCACAAGUCGGGACUAUUUUGCUGGCUCUCUGAUGUGGAAGCCCUUCGGCAGCAGAUGGAGAAUGUUGGUCGAACCGAGUUUACAAGGAACGAAGACCGCAACCCAGUGGAUUGUUCCCUAUAUUAUCUUUCCCUUCGAAAAAAGUCCGUCCUCUUGGGGCUCUGGAGAACGUCGAUCGGGGUUAGAGAAAAAGAAAACACCAUGAAGCUGUUGGCUAACAACUUCGACGACCCGAGAUGGAAAGCCAGCGCGCUGAAGAACGCAUAUGCCUUGCUUAGCAAGCGACGUUUUCACUACGCGGCUGCCUUCUUCUUGCUUGCGGACAGUCCCUGGGACGCGAUCAAUGUCUGCAUACAUCAGCUACAAGAUUUGCAGCUCGCCAUUGCCAUUGCAAGGGUAUACGAGAGUGAAAGCAGCAAACAAUCCUCUACUUUAACUCGGUUAUUGGAACAGACCAUUCUCCCCUUGGCCGUUGACAGCGAGCAAGGACGGUGGAUGGCGAGUUGGGCGUAUGCGGCAAUCCUUGAUCACAAGGACGUGGCCAUCCAGGUCCUCGUACAUCCUGUGCACAAAAUCGUGGGCAAGCCCCUACUCGACGGAUACGAGGAGACAGGAAUGGUUGGAUCACUCAGCUACGCCGCCAACGACCCUCUUCUGGCCCUACUGUACACCCAACUUCGGGCCCAGCUGGCGAAGCGAAAUGAAUGGCGCAGCGAGGUCCUCAGCGCAAGAGAUGAAUGGAGUUUCGUCAUGCGCUGCGUGAGGCAGUAUCUCCAUAUGGGGUGCGACGUUCUAGCACUGUCCCUCGUCAGAGACUGGGAGUUUAUCGCUGAAAGCCCAGCCAAGCAAACCGUCAAAGCGACCGUGGACGAAGUUCCCCUACCACCCAGCCCGGGCCUCCAGCGCCGAAAGACAUUCUACGAUCUCGAGAAGGAAGAAGACGAGGAGAAUAUCCCGCAGGCAGAGAAGAAGAAGGAGCAGCAGAAGAAAAAGCCGAUGCCGACCAUGUUCGAGGAGCCGAGCGCGGACAGUCUACUCGAUAGUUUUGGAUUCUGAUGAUGUUGGUUCCGAAGAGGUGAUGGGAAUCAAUGGCUGUUUUAUCAUUUAGACCUUUGUCGUCGGCAGUUUCUUGUCGUUUGUGAUUGUGGCGUUUGGUGUCAUCUAUGUAUGCCCACGGAGAGAACUCUGGAUCUUGCUCAAGGGAAAGACAAGAGGAGCACGCCGACUAACAGUCGUCAAAGAUCGCGUGGCUUUCAAUGAGCCGGACAAGCGAGCCUUCCCGACAUAUAGACUGUCCGUAUGUGAUCUCUAUCAAGCCGAAUAGCCGAGAUAUAUUUUCUUCUCGGUCGUUAGUGUUCCCACCAAAAGCCACUUGGACAUUAUGCAUCUCGACAUACAUAGUAGACGUCUCU